ACUCCCGGCCUGGCGUGGUACGGGGACCCAUGGGAAACUGUGCCAAGCGCCCCAGGCACCAAGGGCUUAAGGACAUCGGGCAGCGGCCCUGCUGUCCCCCAGAGGGCUCCUGCCCCAGCCCCAGCCCCGAGGACCAGAGGGGCCCUGGGCCAGGGGUCCAGGGCUACUCAGUGUUCAGCAGUCUGAUGGGGCCUGCCUGCAUCUUCCUACGGCCCAGCAUCGCUGCCACUCAGUUCGACCGGGAGCUGCGGCCAGAGGAAAUUGAAGAGCUGCAGGUGGCCUUCCAGGAGUUCGACACUGACCGGGACGGCUACAUCGGCUACCGGGAGCUGGGCGCCUGCAUGCGCACACUGGGCUACAUGCCCACAGAGAUGGAGCUCAUUGAGAUCUCACAGCAAAUCAGUGGCGGGAAGGUGGACUUUGACGACUUCCUGGAGCUCAUGGGCCCCAAGCUGCUGGCGGAGACAGCGGACAUGAUCGGCGUCAGGGAGCUGCGCGACGCCUUCCGGGAGUUCGACACCAACAGGGACGGCCGCAUCAGCGUGGGCGAGCUCCGCGCGGCGCUCAAGGUCCUGCUAGGCGAGCGUCUCAGCCAGCGCGAGGUGGACGAAAUGCUGCACGACAUGGACCUCAACGGCGACGGCCUGGUGGACUUCGAAGAAUUUGUACGGAUGAUGUCCCGUUGA